UCUUUGAAUAAAUUUGUGGCCAGUACUCAGAUAAGUGCAUAAAAUUGUUGAUGAAAUUAUAAAAACUUAUUUUUAGGCCAGAAAAUGUAUACUAAAUUGUUAGUUACUUCGUUACUGCUUCUUUAUGCUCAAAUAUCAAACGGGCUGCUUCGACGCUGUUAUCAAUGCCGAUCUAGAGGUGAUCUGGGCAGUUGCAAAGAUCCCUUUACAUUUAAUGCAACUGAUGUUGAAAGUGAGCCUGGUGUAUCAGCUGUGCCUUGUGCAUCUGGAUGGUGUGGCAAGGUGAUCGAAGGCGGAGGUGCAUAUGCUACAGAUGAUUAUGAUCAAGCAAUUCAGAGGAUGUGUGUUCAACGUGGUCCAGAUGACAAUCAAGAUCGCUGUGCCAAUACAGUAUAUAAUUAUAAAAAAGUGUACAUGUGUUUUUGUCAGGGAGAUUUAUGCAAUACAGGUUCAUACACUAGUGGAAACCUGCUUCGCUUUAUUAUGGUCGCUUUUUUAUGUAGUUAUAUACAUAGCUCAAUGCCGUUGGUACAUUUUUCAUAAUUCACCAGUAAAUUUUUUCAAA